UUGAAUUCCAAAAUUACCCUUCGGGUUUAAGAAAUUAGCCAUCUCCUCGGGAUCGCAUGUCAUAUAAUCGACCCUGGAGAGCUUAAGUCCAUCCUUAACUUGCAGUUUCCUAAAUUUCCCUGCAACUACAAUCCAUCAACCAAAUGUUUCCGGGGAAAAUUGAACCCCGCAUUAUCCAACGCGACGCCUUCACAGCGGCGGUUAAUGUGGUCGUUGCCGUCAAAGCAGAGAAAGUGAUCUCCAAGACUGCGCUAGCUUGGGCUUUAACUCACCUUGUUCAUCCCGGUGAUUACAUAACAUUGCUCGCCGUCCUCUCUAACUGCAAAACCGGGAAGCGAUUCUGGAGCUUUCCAAGGUGGACCGGUGAUUCGGGGAGCAGUCAACGAGAAAGGUUGCCGGAUCGCAUUUGUGAAAUCUCCGAGUCUUGUUCUCAGAUGGUGCUACAGUUUCAUAGCCAAGUCGAGGUGGGAGUGAGGAUUAAGGUUGUGCCAGGUACAUCUGGCAGCGCUGUUGCAGCUGAAGCAAUGCGUAAUAAAGCCAACUGGGUUGUACUGGACAAAAAAUUAAAGCAAGAGCUUAGGCACUGCAUAGAGGAGCUUCGCUGCAACAUUGUGCUGAUGAAAGGUUCUCAAGCAAAAGUGCUUAGACUUAAUUUAGGAUGCUCAGAUGAAGACCAAGCCCCAUACUGUUCUGCUUCCUCUUCACCACUCAGGAAUUUUGGAGGACAAAGGAUAAAACAUUCUACUCCAAUGACCAGCCCUGAGGGGUCAAGUACUUCCUGCUCAGGAACCAGAGAAGGCUCAUUAUCAAGUUGUGACUCAAUGACACCCCUUUUUCUCAUUCAUAAACAAAAUCCCCUUUUUGAACGUACAAAUAAAGGAAAUCACGCACCAGAAAAUAAUCAAAAUGACUCUGAUGACUCACUUAAAGCUUCAGAUUGUAAGCUUAUCACUUUGUCAGCAAACCUAACAUCAUCUGCAGCUGGUAAUCACAAUAGUGUAUUUUGGAUUCCUCAAAACCACCAUGUUGAUGAAAAGAGCUCAACAACCCAGAACCGCAGUAGUGUGAAAAUUGGAACCCAAACUUCGAGAACUUUACUUGAUAAAUUUAUGCAGCAUGAUCAAGAUGCCAGGGCUGGAAUUGUUUUGCUCAGCCAGAACCAUCAGAAGGAACACACUGCAACAUCAAGUCCAAGAAAUGCGGUUUCUUUAGGUAGAAUGUCCUCAGUGCCUCCUCCUUUAUGCUCAUUGUGUCAACACAAGGCACCAGUUUUUGGAAUACCUCCAAGACAAUUUUCUUACAAGGAGCUAGAGGAAGCCACAGAAGGAUUCUCAGAUAUGAAUUUCUUAGCACGGGGAGGUUUUGGCAAUGUUUACAGAGGGAUAUUAAGGGAUGGUCAGAUGGUUGCAUUGAAGUUGUUAAAGUCUGGCAACUCUCAAGCAGGUGCUGAUUUCGACAGGGCAGUGUGGGUAUUGAGCUGUGCGCAGCAUAGAAAUGUUGUGUUGUUGGUCGGGUUUUGUAUUGAUGGCAAGAAGAGAAUAUUGGUCUAUGAGUACAUAUGCAAUGGGUCCUUGGAAUUCCACUUGCACGGAAACAAGAGAGCACCUCUAGAUUUGCACUCAAAGAUGAAAAUAGCAAUUGGCACAGCCAGGGGCUUAAGAUAUCUUCAUGAAGAUUGCAGAGUGGGUUGCAUAGUGCACAGAGACAUGAGGCCCAAUAAUAUCCUCGUAACACAUGAUUUUGAACCCCUGGUUGCUGAUUUUGGGCUUGCUAGGUGGCACUCUGAAUGGAGUAUUAGCACAGAGGAACGAGUCAUUGGAACUUCAGGGUAUCUUGCACCGGAGUACAUCAAUGGGGGAAAGAUUACCCAGAAAGUUGAUGUGUAUGCAUUUGGUGUGGUUUUGUUAGAACUGAUGACAGGCCAAAGAAUCAGUGAGCUACAUUUUUAUGAGGGACUGAAUUUCUUAUCUGACUGGUAUACUCUUGCUGCACUAGACCCAAUCCAUGCCUUGACAAAAAUUUACCGAUUGCUGGAUCGAUACUUGGCUACUGCGCAAGUCCAUGAAUUUCUCUAUCAACUACAGGCGAUGGGUGAAGCCGCUUUCUUGUGCCUGCAUCCAGAUCCAGAAUCCAGACCUGCAAUGUCAAAGAUCCUUAAAAUACUUGAAUGAGAUCUGGCACAUCCUUUGGGCUUGGACUUGAAUUCAGUUGGUUGCAGAAGUGGCCAUUUGCGUGGUCUGAGCAUACACAGAGAAGAUAGAACAAGUCACUCUCGCAAGCUUUCUCAUUAAAAUUUGAUGCAAGAAUAACUACUACAUGCCAUGCAUGCAGAGUUGAGAAAGUGUUCUGUUGGGUAUAGUUCUGAAGUGAUCAUUUUUCAUCCACAGGUAAGUUGCUUUCCAGCUGCCCCCAUGUGGUUUUCUUACUUGAUUCAAUUCUUUUGUCGCCAUCGUCAUUAGGUUCUUUAUAUGAAUCAUAGAGCAGUCUGUAAAGUAACGAAAACAACAAAAACAAUCACCUGCAUGUUUGUAGUUCAAUUAAUUCUUUAAUGUUACAAUAAAGGAAAGUGUAAA